AUCAAGUCACCGAAAUCAUUAAUCAUUAAUCAAUAAAUAAUAAAUAGUCAAAGUCAAUAGUAAUUGGUGUAGUAGCCCGGUCGCUUGUUGGUUUUAAAUUUUUUUAAAUUUUUUUUUUAAAUUUUGCAAUAUGCCUCAUUUUCGUUUGGAAACAAAUGUAUCGAAAUCUAAAAUAACACCAGAGUUGUUGAAAAAGAUUUCUGCGGCUGUGGCUAAAACUCUUGGAAAACCAGAAUCAUAUGUAGUUGUGACUAUUGUGCCCGACCAACUUAUGACAUGGGGUGGAAAUGAUGAUAAGCCCUGUGGUACAGCCACAUUAAUGAGCAUCGGUUGCCUAGGUGUUGAGCAGAAUAAGAAACAUGCUGCUGUAUUGUAUCCUCUUUUAAAAAAAGAACUAGGCAUUCCAGAUGACAGAUUAUAUAUAACAUUUUCGGACCAAAGUUCAUCCAAUGUUGGUUAUACUGGAACCACUUUUCAAACAAUUUUUGGAUGAUUAAUACAAAAAUUCAAGAAGAAUAGAAAACUUAUACCAGUACACUACCUCUAUUCAGAUUAUUUUUAAAUUUUACUGACUACAAUUAUUUAAACCUAUUAUCAAAUGCUAAACAUUUUUUUUUCAAUUAAGUAAAAUAAACAGUAAAUGUUCGUAUA